CGGUCCAGCUAUUUCGUUCGUUGCAAUCUCCGCAACAACGAGGCCCGUGACGAUGUUGCGCGACGUAUAAUGGGACGCGCACGGGCCACGUACCCAACUCGUCCGAGCGGAGUCCAGCCCAAGCCACCUUCUUGGUCAUGUUUGUUCCCUUCGUUGCAAAGAAAAAGACAAGAUAACAGUUUUUUUCUCUCCUGGGGAAAAAAGAUUGAGAUCAGAAAUGUCCUUUUCAAAGGACACCUGAUUGGUUAAUAUCAUAAUAGUGGCAACGUAAUGGCGAUGGCAAUUAUUUGUGUACGAUAACGGCUGCCUUGCUUCCCGCCAGGGCAUUCUCAGAGAAAGCUUCAAACGCCGAUAACUGACUUGCAUCAACACCUCAGCUCAAGCAUUUGAAAGGGCAUCUUUGACACCCGGCCUGCAAGAGGGCGCGUGUCUGACGGCAGGGCGUGAUUUUGCUGCACGCAAUCCCAGUUGAGUAAUUUGCUGCUGAUUUGUUAACGACGCCGAUUUGGGUCGCACCACCGUCACACGAUGUCCCUGCUCGUUUAUAAAUGUCACGAGGGGGAUCUUUCGCCUCCACCGUGAAGCCGACGGAGUGAAGCAUUUGCAUGAUUCAUACGCCGACAGGGUAGAUUGCCUGACACUCCAUGGCUACAAAGACAAAGAUCCCCCGUGGAGCCUUCACAGGCUGUAGGGGCAAGUGCUGCUCGCGAGCACUUAUGAAGGCCAGCACAGCACACGAGGCUGUGUGAUGAGGAGCAGCAGGCUGUGAGAAGCAGCAAGGAGGCUGUGAGGAGCAGCACGGAGGCUGUGAGGAGCAGCAAGGAGGCUGUGAGGAGCAGCAAGGAGGCUGUGAGGAGCAGCAAGGAGGCUGUGAGGAGCAGCAAGGAGGCUGUGAGGAGCAGCAGGCUGUGAGGAGCAGCAAGGAGGCUGAAUGUCGCACCUAAGCGGACCUGUCGCACCUGGGCGGGUCUGUGGCACCUGGGCGGGUCUGUGGCACCUGGGCGGACGUGCCGCACCUGAGCGGGUCUGUGAAACCUGAGCGGGUCUGUAGCACCUGAGCGGAACCUGUCGCACCUGGGCGGACGUGCCGCACCUGGGCGGGUCCUGCCGCACCUGGGCGGGUCCUGUGGCACCUGGACGAGUCUGUGCCACCUGGGCGGGACCUGUCACACCUGGGCGGGUCCUGUCGUACCUGGGCGGACGUGCCGCACCUGGGCGGGUCCUGUCGUACCUGAGCGGGACCUGUCGCACCUGGGCGGACGUGCCGCACCUGGGCGGGACCUGCCGCACGUGGGCGGGUCUGUGGCACCUGGGCGGGCCUGUGGCACCUGGGCGGGACCUGUCGCACCUGGGCGGACGUGCCGCACCUGGGCGGGUCUGUGGCACCUGGGCGGGUCUGUGGCACCUGGGCGGGACCUGUCGCACCUGGGCGGACGUGCCGCACCUGGGCGGGUCCUGCCGCACCUGGGCGGGUCCUGCCGCACCUGGGCGGGUCCUGCCGCACCUGGGCGGGUCCUGCCGCACCUGGGCGGGUCUGUGGCACCUGGGCGGGUCUGUGGCACCUGGGCGGGACCUGUCGCACCUGGGCGGACGUGCCGCACCUGGGCGGGUCCUGUCGUACCUGGGCGGGUCUGUGGCACCUGGGUGGGUCCUGUCGCACCUGGGCGGGUCUGUGGCACCUGGGCGGGCGGGUAGUCUCUUUACCCUGCCCGGCGUGCCAUCUGCUCCGCAGCACGCGGAGGCUGCGCCGAGGCUCGCGAUGGCUUCCAAGGACCUGCUCAAGUGUGCCAAGUACAUCCUGCUGGCUGUGAACCUCCUCUUCUGGAUGCUGUCCCUCGCAGUGCUGUGCCUGACUGCAAAACUGAGAUGGCAGGUGAACGGAGCUCUGAUCCUCACCGCGGACACCAGCCUGGCAGGUGCGUUUGCGGAGACCUACUCGUCGACCCUGCAGAUGGUGAUGGUGGCCGUCUCUUGCCUACUCAUCCCCCUGGGUAUCCUGGGCUGCUGGGGCACGGUGCAGGGCCGCACCGCAGUCCUCGUGGUGUAUGGAGGUGGUCUGCUGCUGAUGCUGUGUGUGGAGGUGGCCACUGGCAUCUGGAACCUGCAUCACAAGGUUUCCUUCACUGACCAGGAUGUCCUCAGUCUUCAGAAGAAAAUGCAACUCUAUGGACAAGACAAUCAUACAUCGUACACCAAAGCCUGGGAUGUCUUUCAGCAACAGCACAAGUGCUGUGGGGUGAGUGACUUCACCGAUUGGCUCGAGGGCCCAGGCCUGCCAUGGCCUCCGGACUCGUGCUGCCUGCGCCUGAUGCCCGGCUGCGGGCGCCUCGCAAGCCAGCACGACCUCAUGCGCGUCUUCCAGCAGGGCUGCCAGCCCACGCUGCUACGACUGCUGCAGGGCUGCGACCCGCUGCACACGCUGCGCUUGCUGGACGUCUCCGUAAGCGUGGCGCAGAUCAUGGCCAUGGUGGCCGCCCUCCUCUUCCUCUGGCUGCUGCAGCUUCCCAAGCCUCCCGGGCGGCCGACCACUGCGCGGCUCCCACGCCACUCGAGCCGACGCACAGCACCUGGGCUCCAUGCGGGUCCACGCCGGGGCCACCGCCAUCGGCCGGUGAAGGAGUUUGACAGCCCCCAGUGGAUCCGGAUGACACAGAACAAGGAUAAUCCAAACGGGACUCAGCCAAUGAUGGAGUUCACUGAGCCCCCUGUGGCUCCGGUUGACACAGAACACGUAGAAUCCAGCCGGGACUGAACUAUUGAAGGUGUUUAACAGCUGCCAGUGGCUCUGCAUGACACAGAACACGGAGAAUCCAGCCAGGAGUCGGCCAGUGAUGGAGUUCACUGAGCCGACCAUGGCUCUGAUUGACACUAAACACGGAGAAUCCAACUGGGACUCGGCUGCCAUGAGAGACGGUGCUGCUCUGUGCUCACAUUGCACAGAGUGGUCGACAAGCGAUGCAAGUGAGAGCCAAAGUAGUCCCACAAGAAUAAUGUCAGCCUUGGUUUUAAUAUUGCUUUUAAAUAUUACAUUGUUUAUAAAGUAUAUUUGUAAGAGGUACCUCAUAUUAACCAAUCGUGACGCAUAACAGCCUUCCUUUCCCAACAAUCAUUGGGCGGUGCUCAUUUCCAUUGGCAGUCUUGAGCUCCUGGUGGAAAUUCCAUAUUCCUGCCGUAGAGGGGUCAUUCUCUUCAUGACCAGUGGCAAAUUCCUAGAAAGCGAUUCCUAUUUUAUCGACCCCGAGGGGAUUGUGGGGCAGUCGACCACCGAGCAGGAUGCAACAGCCUUAAGCUGUGCCAGGUGGCGGGCAGUGCCAGGAGCCAUGGCCGCUUGAUGUCUAGCGCCCAGUAAGAGUAGUUACAGUCCUACCCGAGCACAGGUGCAAAGACCCAAGUGGCCAGAAGCAAACGGCACCGCUGAAGGCGUUGUAAACAGAGUCAAUGCAUUAAUUUUGAUGGAGAAAGGUUUGCGCGAGCUUGGGGAAAGAGAGGAUGGAAGGGAAGUUCAAACGUCGAGCAGUGUGAGGGAAGAAGCCAUAGGGAAAUUGUGCUGAGUGGGUGUGUAGGUGAGUGUUUUGAUCUGCAGUAUGGCGAGUGGGUGUUUUGGUGAUUGAUUUGAUUUGCAGUGUGGUGAGUCAGUGAGUGGGUGGGUGAGUGUUUAGAUCUGCAUUGGGGUGAGUGGGUGUGUAGUUGAGUGUUUUGUUGUGACCUGCAGUGUGGUGGUUAAACAGUGUGGAUGCGACAAAUCAGUCUAGUAGACCGAGUCCUUAACAUGGAUGGAGGAUUCAAUGAGUGAAAUUCAAGGGCACAGUAUACGUGGUAGUAGUGAUAGAAAAGUGGGUGGGUGAUGAGUUAUUCAGUGAGUUCUGUAUUAUCUGACUGCUGUACAUUGAAUUCUAUGAACUGCGGCGAGGUCUGGGUGCUCCAUACCAGACAUGACAGCAGGAUUUCAAAUUUAGCCAAAUGUGUGCUUUGCACAGCAGAAGUAACAAUGGCUCGGAAUGUAAGAGACAUUGACGCGGAAAAUAAAUCCACGCUUCUUUUAAUGCCUCCUUGGCCAAAUUGGUAACAGCCCGUUCCAGGACAGCUCAGAUGAGACUGUUGUGAAAACCAGAUAAGUUGUUUCACUAUGGCUAAAAAUAACGUUGCUAAAUAUGAGGGGAGUGACUGUUUUUUGCUCCGUUGAACGUGACCAGGGUGUUGUCACUCCAAGGAAGAACUGCGUUCAAGUCACAUCUGAACGUUGGGCAGCUAAACUAUUACUUUCAGCUUGUGAUUUACAUGAGCAUGGUGAUUGAAGUGUACCAUCAUCUGCUAAAGACUGAAUCGCAUUGAGAGAGCUAUGCUUUGCCUUUCAAACUAAGUUUUUAACGUUCCAGCGAUGUAGUGCCCACACCGUGUGUAUCCAGCUGGAUAAUUUCUGUGCUCAGUUUUUAAAAUGCAUUUCGUUGAGACAACUAC